AUGACACUGGGAUUAUUUGGUCCCGGUCCUCUACAAAUGUUAUUUUCAGUGCUUAUGAUGCAAGGCCUGAGUUUAACAAUGUUUAGGACAUUCCUAAAUCAGGCAAUUCCUCGUUUCGAUCCAAUGAGGUUUAGCUUUAAGUUAGGUAAUGAUCCUCAACUGUCAUCAACAACACCAACAUCAGCGCCUAAUAUUGAUCAACAAAAUUUGAUGCCAAUCAUCAAUAUGUUAGCACCGAUAUUACUUCAACAACAUUUACAACGAUCACAGAAUAAUCAAAUGCAAAUCAAUGACAAAUCAUCUCUUACUCAGACCCAAGUCAUGUCACCCAUAGGUUCCUAUCAAAUGCCUGUCCAAUCGGUACCGAUUCAAAGUUCUAUGACAAAUAUGCCACCAAUGCCUCAACAAGUUAUUAUUAUACCACAAAUGCAGUCUCCGAGUAGAGGUUCGGCCUCAACACAUAUACCAGUUCUUAUGAAUGCUCCAAAUAAUAAUGUUAACAAAGAUAAGGAUCAUCCGGUGAGGAUCACUAAACGCAUACUUGAAAGACCACCAAAAACAACACGCAAACCAAAUCGGGUGAUAAAUAGAGCCCACGCCGGAGCCAUACACUUAUCAUUUAUAACACCCAAACCACCGAUAAGUGCGCGAAAAUAUGUUAUACCAGUUGUUACAGCAAAUAGUUUGGUUGGAGAUUCAGAUAUAGAAUCAAUAAAAACAUUUAAUAAAUCUAAUAGUUUAGAGUUAAACAAUGCAUCCAUUAAUGAAAAUUUAGUCGACAACGACAACGACACCAAAAUCUCAAUUAAUUUCCAACAAACAACUACUUCCAGACCAACCAUUUCUACCAGUGAUCCUAUAACUUCUACUGUCACCGACACCACCACCACUACUACAACUACUCAAGCAAUAACUUUAUCACAAACAACAACAUUAACUGAAACAUUUGAUAAAAAUGAUAUCGAGAUUAUUUAA